AAGGACAAGCCAUAAUUUAAAAAAAAAAUAGUUUAAUUUGAAUGAAAUACUGCCAAUUAAAUAACCGAAUUUUACGGUUAUUUUUAACUCUUUCUCAAAGCUCGACGUAUUUACAUAUACUUCAAUCACAGAGAUAUUUUGGUCCGUAUCGAUUUUCGAGCGUUCGUUGGAACCAUCUUCGGCCGUAUCAAGAGGCAUGUAUACAGGCUUGUUUAAAGAGUAUUCUGGAAGGAAAGCGGAGAUUAGGUAUUUCUUUAGCUACAGGAAGUGGGAAAACACUUAUCUUUUCAAGUUUAAUUGAAAGAGUCGAACCUAUUGAUCCGAAUGCAACUCAGACGCUUAUUAUUGCACAUAGACGGGAACUAGUUGAGCAGGCAUUUGAACAGUGUCGCUUUUUAUACCCGGAAAAGACAAUUGAUAUAGAAAUGGCAAAUAUGCAUGCAUCUGGAUUGGCAGAAAUUACAAUUGCAUCAGUAUGUACGUUGAUGUCUCAUGAAAGAUUGAAAAAAUUUGAUCCGAGUCGAUUCAAACUUAUUUUAAUUGAUGAAGUUCAUCAUGCAGCAGCAGCUAGUUAUAUUCGUAUUUUAAAACAUUUUUCUGCAUUGAAUUCUGAUUCUAAAAUUAUUGUGAUUGGAGUAUCUGCUACGAUUUUUCGUUUAGAUGGACUUAAAUUAGGUGUUGCUAUUGAUCAUAUUGUUUAUCAUCGUGAUCUAGUAGAUUUAAUUAAUGAAAAAUGGCUUUCUAAUGUUUCGUUUACAAUGGUUAACAGUCAUAUUGAUUUAUCUAAGAUUAAGGAUAAUCAAUUUGGUGAUUUUGAAAGGAAAGCUUUAUCAUCUACUGUUAAUACACGGCCUACAAACGAUAUUUGUGUUCGCACGUGGAUGAAAAAAGCAUCUUUUCGCAAAUCUACUCUUGUAUUUUGUAUUUCAACUGCGCAUUGCAUAGAUAUGGCAAAUACAUUUCGUUCUUAUGGUAUAGAUGCUAGGAUUGUUACCUGGAAAACUCCAAAAUCAGAAAGAUAUAAAUUAAUAGAAGAUUUUCAAAAACAAGAAUAUCCCGUACUAAUUAAUUGCGGUAUUCUAACAGAAGGAACGGAUAUUCCAAACAUUGAUUGUAUAUUAUUAGCUCGUCCGACAAAGUCCCAUAAUCUUUUCAUACAAAUGAUUGGUAGAGGGAUGCGGUUGUUCCCUGGAAAAGAAGAUUGUCAUGUAAUUGAUAUGGUUGGAAAUAUUUCUAAUGGAAUAGUCACUGUACCAACAUUAUUUGGUCUUGAUCCUAAUGAAAUUUCACACGAAAUUUCUCUUAAUGAGUUAAAACGUAUUCGUAAUGAUAAGAAGGAAAAAAGAUGCCAAUCUAGUAAAAAUUCUCAGAAAUAUGGUAUUUCAUAUGUAUCAUCAAAUAUCGAGCAAAAGGAAUGGAAUUUUACAUAUGAUUUCAUUAAACAGUUUCAGGCUGAUUUAGAUGUUCGAAGAUUUAGUAAUUUUUCCUGGGUCCGUAUUAAUUCUGAUAAAUAUAUUUUGUCAAUACCUUUGUAUGGAUUUAUUAAAGUAGAUAAAGAAAAUGAUCUAUAUCAUGCAUCUGAAACUCUUAGAAUUAUAAAUUCAGCAAAGAAAUCAAAUGCUUUUUAUAAAAAACCACGCCUUAUUUUUUCAAAUGUCGUAUCUCUCAAACAUGCUAUAUCAGCAGUAGAUACCUAUGUAAAAAAUAAAUAUCCGCAAAGAUUACUUCUUAAGAAUGCAAGCUGGAGACGAUCUCCUGCUACAUCUUCACAAAUUGAAUUUUUACGCAAACGAUAUCCAUUAAUAACUCAAAAUAUUAACAAUAUUUCUAAAGGUUAUGCUUGGGACCUGAUAACAAGACUGAAAUACGGUUCAAAAAGUAAAUAAAAUGAUUAAACCUUUCUAGAAAUAUAAAAAAAUUAUCACAAUUCACUUAUGUUAUAAUAUACACUUAGUGAUAAAUUUUUGAUUAUUCCAAG